UUGCCCCUCUCUUUUGUCAGCAAACUUUGCCACAUUCCAGAACCCAUCGCUAAAAAGAUGGGCUUUCAGGAGUUUUUGGAUGAAAUGGCUUAUGUGUCACAUGAGCCGCUCGCUAAAGAUUUAUGGGACAUCAUCUUUAAGGAGAUCAAAGAAAAAUCUAAAGAAGCACUACUUUCUAAACAUGUUGCUAAGCGAAUAUCUUCAAGUAGAGGGGAACGGGUUCUAAUGUCAGGUGAGUACAGCCACAUUGACUGGAGUGAAUUUAUGAGCCAUGAGGCAGAACUCGAUGAGAGGAUUAUUUUGUGGCACAUUGCCACUGACCUUUGCUACCACAAUGACUCGCCAUCACAAUCAGCAUCAUCGUCACCGUCAUCGUCAUUGCCAUCGCCAUCGUCACCGGCACCGCAUAAGAUCACUAGUAAGCUUCUGUCAGAUUACAUGUUAUAUCUUCUGGUCAUGCGCCCAUCUAUGAUGCCCACCGUGGUAGGUCUUGCCAAAAUAAGAUUCCAAGACACUCUUGCUGAGGCUCACAGGUUGUUUGAAAGAAACGAGUUAGGAGCAGGAGAAAAUGAUAAAAGGGCCUGUGAAAUAAUUUAUGGCGUGAACACAGACAUUAAACCUGUGCAUCUCAAGGGAGAUCGAAGUAAGUCGGUGCUGUUUGAUGCAUGCAGACUGGCCAGAGAGCUGGAUAAAUUUGAAAACGGAAAGUGGCUGUUAAUAAGCAAGGUAUGGGUGGAUUUACUCUCCUAUGCUGCAACCCAAUGCAGACCAAGUGCACACGUUGAGCAAAUAGGUAAAGGUGGGGAGCUUAUUACCUUUGUUUGGUUACUCGUCGCUCACUUUGGUCUCGGCCAUUGCUUCCAAACCACUACCAUCGCCAAACUCAUUGCCGGAAAGUAAUUUAACUCUUUUUUUUUUAAAUUUAAAUAUAUAAAUAAAUUUAAUACUUGAGGCAGUAUUUGUAUUCACCUUCUUCUUAAUUUGUACAAUUUACUAAUCUUAUCAAUGUUUUAGAUAUUGUACCUUCCGUUGCCGUCAUAAAAUAAAUGGGUUUA